ACGCCAAGGGUCAGGGGGGUGUGCCGGGCAGCAGAUUAAAUCACUUGCUUUAAACAUAAACUUAAAAUUUUCCAUUUCCUUUCUUUAACUUAAGCUUUUAUUUCAUUUUUUUUACUUAUUAAAAUUGUUUCUCGCGCUUUUAGCUAAAACAACCUACAUACAAGAACAUCCAAGAUGAUUGACACAGUGAGCGGUGCAGAAGCUCUGCCCUUUGCACUCCAGCUGAAAACCUUUCUGGAGCAGGAGGUCCGGAGUCAGCCUAAGAUGUGUGGCCUCCGUGUCCUGGAGUCGGCCCACGACAAUGGCAUGAGGAUGACCGCGAAGAUGAGGGACUUUGAGGUGAAAGAUCUUCUCUCUCUGACCUGUUUUUUCGGGUUCAGCGCCGAGACGCUCUCCCUUGCCGUGAACCUCCUGGAUCGCUUCCUGUCUGUGAUGAAGAUCCAGCCCAAACAUCUGUCCUGUGUUGGCCUGUGCUGCUUCUACAUUGCCGUGAAGACCUCUGAAGAGGAGAAGAACGUCCCUCUGGCUAGUGAGCUGAUCCGAAUCAGCCAGAACCGCUUCACCGUCUCGGACAUGAUGAGGAUGGAGAAGAUCAUUCUGGAAAAGCUCUACUGGAAGGUUAAAAGUCCAACUGCACUACAUUUCCUCCGACUGUUUCACAGCCACAUCCAGGAGAAAGUAGAUGCUGACAGUAAAAAGAUUCUCAUCAUCGAGAGGCUUGAGGCUCAGCUGAAGGCCUGCCAUUGCUCCUUUGCCUUCACAAAGCUACGGCCUUCAUUGGUGGCGCUGGCUCUGCUUGCCCUUGAGGUUGAGGAGCAGCACGAGUCGGAGGCAGUGGAAAAUCUGAGAGAUGCAGUAAAGGAUCUCCAGCACCAGCUUUCUAUUAAAGAUGGGGAUCUGGUGUGUGUGAGAGAACUCAUCUCCAAGUGCCUGACUGAAUAUUCUGCCACCAAGUGCUGGAAGCCCAACAGUCAGAGACUGCGCUGGAUCAUCUCCGGACGAACGGCACGACAGCUGAAGCACAGUUACUACAAGAUCGCUCAUUUACCCACAAUCCCAGAGUCUGCCGCUUAAAACCUGCAGUGUGGUUUUGUUUCCUUUUUCUUUCCUUUAAUCUGAUUCUUUCACUUCUGAGUUUUGACAUUUGGCUUCUUUACAGAACUUCUCAAUCGAGUGUGAAGCUCUGUAAGGAAACCAACUCGUAUGCUUUUUAUUUUUUUUUGUACGCAUGCAAGGGUUUUUGUUUUGCUUUUGUUUGACUUUGGAAGAUUCUAGUCGAGUGUUUGAUGGUCCUCCACCAGAGAAGGUUGUACCUCACCGGUUUGACCGCCUCGAGUGUGUAUGUGGCCCGCUCGUUUGAAUCGGCGCCUGAUUUUGCGCCGGUCGUUUAAAGCAGUCGAAAGUAUUGAACCGCCUAGGUCCUCAGUCCACCGUGUGGAAGAGGAGGGAGAAGGGUUUUGUGAUUAAAAACGAACAUCAGUGGAACCAAGAAAUCGGACCCAAAGCCCUUAACUCCCACCCUAGGUUGUUACUGUCCUCUAGCACACUCCUGCCCAAGGUGAUUAAAAAGUUCCUUUUCUUUUAUUAACUGCUAGUCUGUCCAGCAGCAGUUCACUAACGUGAUGCGUCCCUGAACGCUAACACGACUGACCUUUUUGCUUCUAUUGGUCAGGGUUUAAAAUUGAGGUACAUGUAUGGGGUCUAAUCACUUAAAUUGUUAAUUAGGACAAAAGUCAUUGAUUUCUAGAUUUUCUCCUGGGUACUAACAGAACCACAAUUGAGUUGAUUAAAUGUGUAAUUUGAUUUUGACCAAAUUAAUUACUUGUACCCUAUAAGUGGACCUUUCAAUAAAACACUUAUUGAAAUGCUAA